AGCACAGAAGGAGGAAGGACAGCACAGCUGACAGCCGUACUCAGGAAGCUUCUGGAUCCUAGGCUUAUCUCCACAGAGGAGAACACGCAGGCAGCAGAGACCAUGGGGCCCCUCUCAGCCCCUCCCUGCACACAGCUCAUCACCUGGAAGGGGCUCCUGCUCACAGCAUCACUUUUAAACUUCUGGAACCUGCCCACAACUGCCCAAGUCACGAUUGAAGCCCUGCCACCCAAAGUUUCUGAGGGGAAGGAUGUUCUUCUACUUGUCCACAAUUUGCCCCAGAAUCUUGCUGGCUACAUUUGGUACAAAGGGCAAAUGACAUACCUCUACCAUUACAUUACAUCAUAUGUAGUAGACAGUCAAAGAAUUAUAUAUGGGCCUGCAUACAGUGGAAGAGAAACAGUAUAUUCCAACGCAUCCCUGCUGAUCCAGAAUGUCACCUGGGAGGACGCAGGAUCCUACACCUUACACAUCAUAAAACGAGGUGAUGGGACUGGAGGAGUAACUGGACAUUUCACCUUCACCUUAUACCUGGAGACUCCCAAGCCCUCCAUCUCUAGCAGCAACUUAAAUCCCAGGGAGGCCAUGGAGGCUGUGAUGUUAACCUGUGAUCCUGCGACUCCAGCCGCAAGCUACCUGUGGUGGAUGAAUGGUCAAAGCCUCCCUAAGACUCACAGGUUGCAGCUGUCCAAAACCAACAGGACCCUCUUUAUAUUUGGUGUCACAAAGUAUAUUGCAGGACCCUAUGAAUGUGAAAUACGGAACCCAGUGAGUGCCAGCCACAGUGACCCUGUCACCCUGAAUCUCCUCCCAAAGCUGCCCAAGCCCUACAUCACAAUCAACAACUUAAACCCCAGGGAGAAUAAGGAUGUCUUAACCUUCACCUGUGAACCGAAGAGUGAGAACUACACCUACAUUUGGUGGCUAAAUGGUCAGAGCCUCCUGGUCAGUCCCAGGGUAAAGCGACCCAUUGAAAACAGGAUCCUCCUUUUACCAAGUGUCACGAGAAAUGAAACAGGACCUUAUCAAUGUGAAAUACGGGACCGAUAUGGUGGCAUCCACAGUGACCCAGUCACCCUGAAUGUCCUCUAUGGUCCAGACCUCCCCAGAAUUUACCCUUCAUUCACCUAUUACCAUUCAGGAGAAAACCUCUACUUGUCCUGCUUCGCCGAGUCUAAUCCACCGGCACAGUAUUCUUGGACAAUUAAUGGGAAGUUUCAGCUAUCGGGACAAAAGCUCUCUAUCCCCCAAAUUACUACAAAGCAUAGUGGGCUCUAUGCUUGCUCUGUUCGUAACACAGCCACUGGCAAGGAAAGCUCCAAAUCCAUGACAGUCAAAGUCUCUGACUGGAUAUUACCCUGAAUUCUACUAGUUCCUCCAAUUCCAUUUUCUCCCAUGGAAUCACGAAGAGCAAGACCCACUCUGUUCCAGAAGCCCUAUAAGGUGGAGGUGGACAACUUGAUGUAAAUUUCAUGGGAAAACCCUUGUACCUGACGUUUGAGCCACUCAGAACUCACCAAAAUGUUCAACACCAUAACGACAGCUACUCAAACUGUAAACCAGGAUAACAAGUUGAUGACUUCACACUGUGGACAGUUUUUCCCAAGAUGUCAGAACAAGACUCCCCAUCAUGAUAAGGCUCCCACCCCUCUUAACUGUUCUUGCUCAUGCCUGCCUCUUUCACUUGGCAGGAUAAUGCAGUCAUUAGAAUUUCACAUGUAGUAGCUUCUGAGGGUAACAACAGAGUGUCAGAUAUGUCAUCUCAACCUCAAACUUUUACAUAACAUCUCAGGGGAAAUGUGGCUCUCUCCAUCUUGCAUACAGGGCUCCCAAUAGAAAUGAACACAGAGAUAUUGCCUGUGUGUUUGCAGAGAAGAUGGUUUCUAUAAAGAGUAGGGAAGCUGAAAUUAUAGUAGAGUCUCCUUUAAAUGCACAUUGUGUGGAUGGCUCUCACCAUUUCCUAAGAGAUACGUUGUAAAACUUGACAGUAAUACUGAUUCUAGCAGAAUAAAACAUGUACCACAUUUGCUAA